UCAACUUCAACUAGCUCUUUGACGGAAAUCCCAGUAGUGAAUAGAAUAAGCGAUUUCGAGUUGCCUAGCCCGUCUUUCCCGUCGCCGGCUUUCUCCAUUUCCGGAAUCGAAAAGGUCUACAGUGCCUGGACAUGGGGCGCUCUAAUACUCGCUGUAAUAGCUUCCUUCGGCACCAUCAUCACUAGAAUCAACUUUGUUAUCAUCCGACGGCUCCGCCACAAGACCGCCGAACCUCUCUGCCUCCGAGAAGAAGACGAUUUCUCCGAUAUCGACGACGACGAUGACGAAACAUAUUCCAUUUCCACGUCAUCGUCGGUUUCCGACGAGGACGAGGAAGAAGAGGACGACAGAAGAGACGAAGAUUUCAAUGUCUCGGGAGCUGACCGGGGACAGAACCGUAAUUUGAGGCUCCGCCGUGGCAGAAGCUUCGCGGGCUUGAACUUAAACCGGUUCUCUUGGUCCGACUUCGCCAGCGGCAAGAGCGUCGUGAAGCUCUGGGACAACUUAGCUUUAGGAUUGGACCUUGAUGACGACAGCGACGACAGAACCGUCUCCGUCUACGACAUGAACAAACAGAAGAAGAUAAACUCCUUCUUCGCCGGCAGAUUUUUCUACAAAUAGAAAAAUCUAAAUUUUUAAAUUUUUAAAUAUUCAAAGCACCUCCUCUUCCCUCACCUCCUCU